AUGCCUGUCUCAAAGGAUUCGUCGUACCACUUCGUCGUCCUCGGCGCCGGUGUCAUUGGCCUAAGCACCGCACUGACACUUAGGGCCGAGUACUCGGAAAGUCUGAUUACCAUCUUGGCAGAGCAUUUCCCCGGUGACUACCACAUCGACUACUGUUCACCAUGGGCAGGAGCUAAUUGGUGUUCUUCCGCGAACGACAAUGGGCUCCUCGAGUCGUUUGACCGCGUGACCUUCAACCGGUUCAAGGAGAUUGCACACGCCAGUCCCGAAGCGGGGAUUAAGACCUCACCACUGAGGAUGAUCUUUGAUUCAAAAAUUGAAGAUGCCGGGAUCCUUAGCCAGGAGACGGGAAAGCUUUGGUAUAAUGAUUUAGUUGGCGGUGUUGUGCCAUUGAGCAAGGACGAGUUACCGCAAGGGGCCAUCUUUGGGCUUGAGAUGCCCUCUACCUUUGUGAUCAACACUCAGAUCUACUUACAGUGGCUUCUGGAGAAAUGUAGACAAAGCAACAUAGGACUGCUGCGACGUCGGAUUAGGCACGUCAAAGAUGCGCGGAUUUCACCAGACGUGACGGCCGUUUUCAAUUGCACCGGGUUGGGAUCAUACUUCCUUGGUGGUGUCGAAGACAAGUCAAUGUAUCCUACUCGAGGUCAGACGGUCCUCGUUGAACAACCCAUUCAGCCUCUCAAGAGGAUGUACUUCCGCUCGCCCCACCGGGUAGACAACAACACCACCUACAUCUUCCAAAGACCGCUUGCUGGAGGCAUCGUGCUCGGCGGGUGUCGCCAGGACGGAAGUUGGGAUAAAGAAGUUGACCCAGAGUUGGCAAAGACCAUCCUCGAGAGGUGCUGUGCUCUUGCUCCUGAGCUGGGUCGACCUGAGGAUUUGAAGAUCAUCAAGCACGGCGUGGGACUGCGACCUAACCGCAAGGGCGGCCCGAGACUUGAAGCUGAGAAGAGUGGUCAUGGUCUGGUGAUCCACAACUAUGGAGCAUCUGGAGCAGGCUAUCAGGCAUCUUGGGGGAUGGCGGCACAUGCUGUAAGGCUCUUCAAAAAGCAGAUUGAACAUGGAAAGGUAUUAGCAAAGCUUUGA